UUGAACUUUUGGUCUUUUAUCUCCCCCACUUUUCUUCACAUUAUCAAUGGAAAACUUUACCUUCUUCCGCAAAGCCUUAACUUACAUUUCCUUUCUUCUCCUCCCGUUCCUCCUUUCUGUGCUAUGCCAGAAUUCUGAAAGCCCAUUAACCGCCUCACCUCCAUUGGUAGUCAGCACGCAACAGUUAAUCUUUAAAGACAGGCGACUUGCUGCAGUCUACCCCAUAAUCCAAGCAUUCAAGGGAACGAUCACAGGAGAUCCACUUAACAAAACGGGGAAUUGGGUUGGUUGUGAUAUAUGCAACUACACAGGCUUUUUCUGUGACAAUCCACCCGAUAAUGAAUCAGCCCUUGCCCUGGCUGGCAUUGACUUCAAUGGAUUUCUCCUGACAGCCCCGACUCUCCAAGGCUUUAUAGAUAUGCUACCUGACCUUGCAAUCUUUCAUGCGAACUCAAACAAGUUUACUGGCUCCGUACCAGAUGUCUCAAAUCUGCCUUAUUUUUAUGAGUUGGACAUAAGUAACAAUAUCUUCUCAGGCACAUUUCCUACGACGGUUCUCGGCAUAAAAGAUCUCUCAUUUUUAGACAUCCGUUUUAAUUCUUUCGCAGGGACAGUCCCUCCACAAAUUUUCAAUCAAGCACUUGAAGUACUCUUCAUUAACGACAACGAUUUCACGGCAACGCUGCCUGAAAACUUUGGUUCCACACCGGUACUUUACCUUACCUUGGCUAACAACAAAUUAACCGGUCCAAUCCCACGAAGCAUUGGCAACCUUAACUCGACAUUGACCGAAGUUUUACUAUUGAACAACAAGUUAUCAGGUUGUCUACCCUAUGAACUAGGGUUUCUGAAAGAACUCGAGGUUUUCGAUGUUGAAAACAACCUAUUGACGGGUCCAUUGCCCUGGUCCUUGGCCUGCUUGGAGAAGAUCAAGCUGCUCAACUUUGCUAGUAACCUACUGUACUGGGAGGUGCCUGAGCUGCUGUGCGCACUUGGAAACUUGGAGAACUUAUCAUUGUCAGAUAACUAUUUCACCAAAGUAGGACCAAUUUGCAGGAAGCUGAUCAAGAAUGGGGUUCUUAACGUGAGACAAAACUGCAUCCACGAUCUUCCUGAUCAAAAAUCGUUGCAUGAGUGCGCAGAGUUCUACUUGAAGUACAUUAGGCUUUGCCCGUACCCUGCAACAUAUAAAAUCAUCCCCUGCAAGCCUAAUGCUCCAUGGCAUGACCAUCACUGGGCUCGGUCCAAGAGAGCUCCAGUCACUUACAAAACUCUUUCAAGACACAAGUCUUAAGCGUUUCCUUUUACAUUUGUAAAUGAUAUAAUCCUGCCUAUCCGUUAUGUAGUUUUCAGAAAGCUGAAUAAACAGCAGUACUCCGACUGUUGUGAU